AAAUCAAUUUCAAGUUGAAGUGUUGGAUACUAGUAGCAGUAGCAGUGAAAGAGCUAGGGUUCGACAGGUUCUUGUUAGACAGAGAGAUGGAGAAGAAAUGCUAUGGCCUUUUCUUGUUGCUGCUCAUUGCCUUGGCUUCCCAGGAAAUGAUGGUACCUACUGAGGCUAGGGUUUGUUUGUCACAGAGCCAUAAUUUUAAAGGACCAUGUGUAAGAGGCCACAACUGUGCUAAUGUGUGCAAGACUGAAGGUUUUCCCGGUGGUGAGUGCAAAGGAUUCCGCCGCCGCUGUUUUUGCGCCAAGCCUUGUUAGUCACUGCAAAAAAUAAAAAUGCAGCAUCCAUGUCAUGGCCAGUCUCGUACUUGCUGUUCAUAUGGGUGGCGUUGCUGGGUACUUUGCUUAAAUAAAUAAAUUCCCUUCCUUUUCUUGAGGAUUCAGUUGAUGAUGCUAGCUGUUGGUUGCUCUGCUUUUAGAAGUAUUGGAAUAUGAAUGAUUAGCUCUUGAACUAUUCUGAUUUGUGUGCUUUUUUUUUUGUUUCCACAAAUAAUGUAGGAAAUCUGUUAAACCCUGAGCUGAAGCCUCGGGUUACAUCUUACGUGAGUUAUAACAUGGAUCGAUAUUGGUGUUGUUUGGAUUA